CUCUCGGUUUGGAUGGUACAGACUUCCCGAGCCGCUGUGACAAACACCCGUUUCGUAAGCUCUUCACCCGAGCUGCCCAGCAGGUCCUUCCAAUCCUCAGUACCAACCGCCACACAUGGCACAUCCUCCUCGACGAUGCGAGCUCCCUUCCGAAUCUGCUCCCUCGCCGUACCACCCGUUUGAAGCAAUCCGUACGCCGCCGCCCGCAUUUGUCGUCCUGCGACCCAUGCCGACGCACGUCCAAGAUCCUCAUGUAUGACCGGUAACCAAAUUUCCCGCACCGCAGCUGCCUCCAUCUCCGGAUCCACAAAGACCACUUCGGCAACCCGAUUAUACAUCCUUCCCGACUUGACAUACGCAACCAACGGCGAAUCAUCCGCCUCAGGUGCCUGUGCCGCAGCCGUCGCAAUAUCAAACAACGCCCGUACCCUGUCCAACUCCUCAGCGCCCACCGUGUUCGCCACGUUUCCUGCCAAAAUGAACUUCAAACAAGCCGAUAUGGAUCGAUGCGCAGCGUUCAUCAACACGUCCUCGUCCGCGCCCUCAGCACCAAGUAACGCAGCCAAUUCGACCAUAUCCCCAACACCCCUCAACCCCAACUUCGCACUCACCUCCGCGGGGUUGAAGACGGACGCAAUGAUCUUGCCUUCGGUGAACACGACCGUGUCGAGUGGGAUGUACCCAGCGUCAGCAAUGUCAUACACCAACAUAUCCGAAUCCAAACUCAAACAAUAAAACCCCUUCCCACCCCUCCUCACCCUAAUCGCACACUCCCGAUCCGCCUCACUCGGCGCCGUAAACAUCUCCACACCUAACUCCAACAACACAUCCUGCAACACCGGGACCGCAAACGGCG